AAGUGAUUCAGCGUCAAUAGUGCCACAGUAGGAUUGUUUGUUUGUCGUGUGGGUGUACGUCGUUGGCUGGUGUCGUGUUUUUGAUGUGCGGUUGAUGGUGGAAUGUUUUGUUUACACAACUUUUAUUGACAACAAAUUGACGACCCGCACAGGAGGGCAAGAUGUUUCCAUUUUGCUGUAGAUGCUCGCGAUGCUGCCGGAACGACUAUGAACCCAUUGGGAACGAAGCGCAAGGACAAGUGUUCGGAGUUCGGCAUCUGCAAUGCCUCCUGUUGUUCUGCGCCCUCACCGUGGCCUAUGCGAUGCGGGUGAAUCUUUCUGUGGCAAUCGUGGCAAUGACUGACCGGAAUGCAACUCGGCCGGGGUUCGAGGUGUACGACUGGGAUGAGAAGACAAAGUCCUUAAUAUUAAGCAGCUUCUUUUGGGGCUAUAUAGUGACACAAAUUCCUGGAGGCCAGCUGGCACAACGAUUUGGUGCUAAAUUUCUCCUUCUUGCGGGUCUUUCCAUUUGUUCAGUUUUAACACUUCUGAUACCUGCGUGUGCAUCAAUUGGUGGAUGGAAAUUAGUGGUGGCUGUUCGAAUAUUGGAAGGAUUAUGCCAAGGCGUAACAUUUCCCUCAGCUCAUACUAUGAUAUCGAAAUGGGCAACUCCAGAAGAAAGAGGUCGAUUGAGCGCAUAUGUAUAUUCUGGAAGUCAAUUUGGCACUGUCGUGAUGCUUGGUUCGAGUGGAUUAAUAGCAUCAUCCCCAUUGGGUUGGCCAAGCAUAUUUUACAUAUCUGGCAUAGCGGGCUCUAUUUGGGCACUCGCGUGGGCAUUAUUAGCAGCCAGUACUCCAUCGCGACAUCGCACAAUCACAGCUGCUGAAAGAGUGUACAUAGAAUCAUCCUUAGGUCACGUAAACGAAACCGUGCAGCGACGUGUGACACCAUGGCUUAGCAUCAUGACAUCAUUUCCAUUCUUUUGCUUAUUAAUUGUACACUGCGCCCAUAACUGGGGAUUCUGGACGCUUUUAACUGAGAUGCCAACAUACAUGAAUAGUGUUCUAGACAUGGACAUAAAGAAAAAUGCAUUACUAUCAGCACUGCCAUAUUUGGCAAUGUUCAUUUCGACAUUUUUGUUCAGUGGAUUGGCAGAUUUCUUGGCGAGAAAUCAUUAUAUUACUUUGUCAACUAGCCGAAAACUAUUUAAUACAAUUGGACAUUGGAUUCCUAUGGUUGUUCUGCUCCCACUGGGCUAUAUAAAUAGAGAUCAACACGAGACUGCUGUUUUCUUGCUGAUUUUAGCGGUUGGAAUGACUUCUGCGACAUAUAUAGGAUUCCACGUCAAUCAUAUCGAUUUGGCGCCUAAUCACGCUGGAACUUUAAUGGGAAUUACAAAUUGUGCAGCGAAUGUGAUGAGUAUAAUUGCACCAUUGACCGUGGGAAUUAUUGUUUACGACGAGACAAAUCCAGCGCUGUGGAGAACAGUUUUCUUUUUAAUGUCUGCUAUUUAUUUCUUCGGGAAUCUCCUGUUUAUAGUGUUCGGAAAAACUGAGCCACAACCGUGGAACAUCUCACCAGUAUAUGAAAGCAUAAAUGCAACUGCUGAACCCGUACGAGUGAUAGAUGCUGGGCAUCAAGAUUAAUUCUAUGAAGACGUAGUGCUUAAAUAUAAGCGAAAGCUUACAUUCCAAUAAAUUGAAAAGUAUUCAGCAUUUUAAAGUGAUUUUAUACAAUAUAUGUAUAUAGGAAUAUAAAGAUGUAUGAAUUUUAUCCUUGAAA